AUAAAUAGAGAGACAGCGCAGCAGCGAUAAAGAGUUUGAGCAGGCGGGAGAGCGAGUAACGGCGGCGACAGCAACACAGCCACAAAAGAGAACGAGUGAGGGAGGGAGAGCUAGACGACGACCUACUACACAAAAAAAGGCUCCGUGGUCGCGAUUGCCAGCGCCUGCGACAACCAAGAAAACAAAAAAAGAAAAAACCAUUCAAAUAAUUAAGACUGCUAAACGGAACAACUAAAAACUACAAGCAAAUUUAACCAGGAGAAAAGAACGGAAGACUAGACAUAAUCAUAAACAGAGUAGAUAGAAUUAGAGAACCCGCAAACCCAACAACUAAAACACUAAAAAAACAUUAAUUCUAAUACAAAAUCACACAUAAAGAAGUAUUUUUCGGCCUUAAGUGCAAACACACACACACACAUACACACAUCCACACCCACACAAACGAAACAGUGGAAUGAAUGUAAUACAACACCAAGGAAGAAUCACCUUUAGCCUUAUAUACAAUUAAAUAUAAUUAAGAAUCUAGCAAGAAAAAGCAGAGCAAGAAUCCUAUCAAGAAACCCAAAAAGAUAACAAGAAAUAUUUUUUAACGAUGGGCAGUGUCGUCCAAAGGGAGGAUGCUUCCCCGGAUCGAGCAGUUGGAGAAUACCAAGUAGCUAGGGACUUAAGCAACGAGGAUUUGAUUCCGGAACAUCCGGUUGAAGCUGACGAAGAUUCGGACAAGGAGAACCAAUCGCCGAAUCUACCCCCCACUCCAAGACCCAUCGGAAAUUGUGAGCAAGGAACUGAAGUUGGUAAAGAUACUCUAAAUCCCGACGAAGCUGACCAGCUUUCGGACGAAGAAGUUGAGAAGAACGAAACCAACAGCAGCGGCAACGAGUCGGAAAGGGAUGCUCGCAAUUAUAGAGAUCGUUUAAGUGCUUCUAAUAGCGAGGAAGAACAGCUCCACCAAGAAUAUUCUACUUCACCAAGCGGAAGAACCAUCGGAAAUUGUGAGCAAGGAUCUGAAGUUGGUGAAGAUACUCUAAAUCCCGACGAAGCUGACCAGUUUUCGGACAAAGAAGUAGAGAAGAACGAAGACAACAGCAGCGGCAACGAGUCGGAAAGGGAUGCUCGCAAUUAUAGAUAUCGUUUAAGUGCUUCUAAUAGCGAGGAAGAACAGCUCCACCAAGAAUAUUCUACUUCACCAAGAGGAAGAACAAAGGAAUAUGCUGAAUCUGACUUGAAUCACGGCAAUCGCGAGUACCAGGACUCAAAUCACGAGUAUCAGGACUUGAAUCGCGAGUACCAGCUCUUGAUUCGCGGGUACCAGCUCUUGAUUCGCGAGUACCAGUACUUGAAUUGCGAGUGCCAUGAUUUGCAUUACGAGUUCCAGGUUUCAAACCAAGACCAGGACUUAAGUCCCGGGUACCAGGAAUCAAAUCAAGAGUGGCUGAAUGACUUUAAUCAAGAGUACCAUUACUUUAGUCGCAAGUACCAGGCCUUGAAUUGCGAGUACGAAGACAUAGAUCGGGAGUAUCAGGUCUUGAAUCCCGGAUACCAGGAGUUUAAUCACGGCAAUCAGGAUUCAAGUGACGAGUACCAGGACCCAAAUAACGAGAACCAAGUCUUGAAUCACGAGUACCAGGACUCAAAUCACGGCAACCAAGACUCAAAUGACGAGUACCAGGAUUCAAAUCACGAGUACCAGGACUUGAAUCACGAGUAUCAGGACUCAAACCACGAGUAUCAGGACUUAAAUCGUGAGUACCAGGUCUUGAAUCACGAGUACCAGCUUUUGAUUCGCGGGUACCUGGAAUUGAAUCGCGAGUACCAGUACUUGAAUGGCGAGUACCAGAAAUUGCAUCACGAGUACCAGGUUUCAAACCAAGAGUGUCAGGACUUGAAUCCCGGGCACCAGGAGUUUUAUCACGGCAAUCGGGACUCAAGUGACGAGUACCAGGACUCAAAUCACAGCAACCAAGACUCAAAUAACGAGUACCAGGAGUUGAAUCACGGCAACCAAGACUCAAAUGACGAGUACCAGGAUUCAAAUCACGAGUACCAGGACUUGAAUCAGGAGUACCACGACUCAUAUCACGAGAACCGAGUCUUGAAUCACGAGUACCAGGACUCAAAUCACGAGUACCAGUAUUUCAAUCAGGAGUACCACGACUCAAAUCACGGCGACCAAGACUCAAAUAACGAGUACCAGGAGUUGAAUCACGGCAGCCAAGACUCAAAUGACGAGUACCAGGAUUCAUAUCACGAGUACCAGGACUUGAAUCAGGAGUACCACGACUCAAAUCACGAGAACCGAGUCUUGAAUCACGAGAACCGAGUCUUGAAUCACGAGUACCAGCACUCAAAUAACGAGUAUCUGGUCUUGAAUCUUGAGCACCAGUAUCAAGAAUCUGAUGGGGGAGAGGCCACUAGAGAAAGGCACUUUUAUAUCCUUUUACGAGCCCACGCUACUCAGGUAUUUCUCUCUCUCUCUCAUCGUCCCUUUAAUGCAACCAAUCGGCCAAUCGAUCGCACAAUUCCAAGACCGGAGUCACCUUUACCGCCACCUUCGCCGGAGAGACAACACUCUGAAGGCGAGUCGCAAGCUUCAGAUGAGGGAUCGUCUUCUGCGGACUCUGACUACUUAAUCGAUCCAGUUACUGGGUGGCUAUCGCGCCGACAAGAAACUUCUUCCGAAAGCGAGGAAGAAAGCGACCACAUCCAACAGGAGUCGUCGUCAGGGGAAAGUAUAGACAAACAGGAAGAUAGCGACGACGACGAACAGCAGUCGCCGGCUGAACACACUUUUUCUGAUAGACGCGAUCAUUCGCUAGACAAGCAACAGAAUAAGCGAAAAUCGUCAGACCCUGGGAAUUCUUAUUCGAAGAAACCAUUUUUGGACGGUGACGAAGGAGAGACACGUUUGCAUUUAUCGUCUCUAGGAAGUCCACAUGAUACAUCAGAAUAUGAGAAUAAAAAACCCAUAAAGCGUAAAUUGCCUUCUGAUAGUACGGACUCUAAAAAAUUUAAACCAAACUUGCAAAGUGAGGAAGACAUAUCUGAGGAAGAACGUGAAGAUACGAAAGGCGAAAACUCUGACAAAGAAAACUCAGAUAGAUCAAGAGAUACAGAUUCAGAUUCAGAUUCCGAAUCAGAAGGAGGCCACGGAGCUUCAAAAUCUGAGGAAUCUGAUCAGGAUCCAGCUUCUGAAGGCGAAGCCGAUCAAGAUCCAUCUCCUGAAGGCGGAGCCGAUCAAGAUCCAUCUUCUGAAGGCGGAGCCGAUCAAGAUCCAUCUCCUGAAGGCGGAGCCGAUCAAGAUCCAUCUUCUGAAGGCGGAGCCGAUCAAGAUCCAUCUCCUGAAGGCGGAGCCGAUCAAGAUCCAUCUUCUGAAGGCGGAGCCGAUCAAGAUCCAUCUCCUGAAGGCGGAGCCGAUCAAGAUCCAUCUUCUGAAGGCGGAGCCGAUCAAGAUCCAUCUUCUGAAGGCGGAGCCGAUCAAGAUCCAUCUCCUGAAGGCGGAGCCGAUCAAGAUCCAGCUCCUGAAGGCGGAGGCUAUCGGGAUCCAGCUCCUUAUUACGACGAUCAAACUUUUGAUUCUGAGGAGGAUUUCAAACCAUCUAUAUUCUCAAAGGAAAGGGAGAUCUUGAAAUGUUUAACAAAUCCUUUAGGGGAUGAUACAUCUAGCUUGAAACUUAGCAUACAGCUCUAUAAGGUAUUUGUAGCUUAUAAACUGGAAGACGUAUACAGCAGUCUUGAUGAGAAGAAGCAACCAGAACAGGACCAGCAACUGAAGCAGCCAGAGCAACAGCAGCAGCCACACUUGCUACAGAAACGGCAAAUAAAAUAUCAAAAUUUGCAACUGGUAAUCUUCUGGCAACAGGAGCAAAUCUUUCUACAUGAGCAUCUAAAACAGUUUUCCGAGGAACCACAGUUGCAACAGGAGACUCUCUUCCCACAGGAGCAACAGGAGAAACAGUUUCAACAGGAACAACUCUUGCAACCGUUGCAACAGGAACAACAGUGGCAACAGGAGAAACAGUUGCAAGAGGAUAAAGUCUUCCUACAGGAGCAAAAGUUGCAACUGGUGCAAGAACUAAAGGAACAGCGAGAGCGGAAUCGCCACCUCUUUGAGCAACAGAAACAGUUUGUCCAAGAAAAAGUGCGCCAACAGAAGGAGCAGCACCGUUGUCAGCAAAAUCAGGUCAACCGCGAACGUAAAUUGCGCCAGAAAAGGGAGAAACAGCGAUUGGAAUUCGAACGAAGCUUGAAGUACCAUUGGGAGGACUGUACUCGUCAGUUGCGUUUGCAACGCGAGCAUUAUCUGAUCAAGCGCUCGUUGAAGGGGAAUCUAAAGCACGAGCUGAUGCAAAACGAUAUGGUCAGCAUACCGGUGGCCAAUAUGAACGGCGGCCUUAAGGCGGCCAGCAGCGGUUCCGGAGUUGGUGUAGUGACAUCCGGCGGCGUCGUAUCCUCGGCGGUGCUGGCCAAUGCUCCCCGUGUUUAUCUAACGCCCUCCUCCACAUUCAUGACCAAUCGCCAAAUGGCGGGUGUGGCGACCACCGGAAGGAUGAGCGGACAAGUGGUCGGUGGUUCAUCCGGCACAGCCUCAGCCGCCGGUACCGUUCGCUAUUUUUCGCAAUUCAGCAAAGUGCAAACGGCCGGCGGACCCAGUUUGCAAAGGAAACUGGCCAACGGGGAUACCAUUGUGCUGGCAACCGGCAGCAAAAGUAUGUUCCUUACUAGCAGCGAUAAUAAGGCUAUUCUGCCGACCGUCGCCAGCAAUGGCAAUGGUCUGAUCACGGCCAAAAUGGAGCUAUUGGAGGAGGAGGUCAUGCAGUCGAUAACUGUGAUUGAUGACGAUGACGAGGAGAAAAAGGAAGUCGCUGAAGACGAGGAGAGCAGCAAUAAUGCCAAAUCCAUUGGCGUUCAGCAGCCAAUGGCUGAUAAUGAGCCCGAGCUGGACAUUGUGAUAAACAAUGUGGUAUGCUCGUUUAGCGUCGGCUGCCACCUGAAGCUGCGCGAUAUUGCGCUGCAGGGAUCGAAUGUGGAGUACCGUCGCGAGAACGGAAUGGUGACAAUGAAGCUCCGCCAUCCAUACACCACUGCCUCGAUUUGGUCGUCGGGGAGGAUUACCUGCACUGGUGCCACUUCCGAGUCAAUGGCGAAGGUCGCAGCACGCCGCUAUGCCAGAUGCCUUGGCAAGCUGGGAUUUCCCACUCGUUUCCUCAACUUUCGCAUUGUCAACGUGCUGGGCACCUGCAGCAUGCCGUGGGCCAUCAAGAUCGUCAACUUUUCGGAACGCCAUCGCGAGAACGCCAGCUACGAGCCCGAGCUGCAUCCUGGUGUGACUUACAAGAUGCGCGACCCCGAUCCAAAGGCCACCCUGAAGAUCUUCUCCACCGGCAGCGUAACAGUCACCGCGGCUAGCGUAAACCACGUUGAAUCGGCUAUCCAGCACAUAUACCCGCUGGUCUUCGAUUUCCGCAAGCAGCGUUCGGCGGAGGAGCUGCAGCAUCUGCGUCAAAAGCAGCGCCUGCAAGGCGGCGGUGAUCCCACUGAACUGGAGAAUCAGGUCCUGGCCGACAACAAGACUGCUUCCCUUGAUAACAUCUUUGUCAACACAACAGCGGCGCACUCUAAACCAUCGUCGAAUGACCAAACAUUAGCAUCCUCGGUAAUAUUGUCUAGCACAGUUGAUAGUAUGCCUCGUCUGAAACAAAUUGUCAACUAUCACCAGAUGAUGAAGACUACCCAGGAAGAGCGCCGCCAUAUAUCGAUUAAUGGGGAGAAAGUCGAUCCGGCCUCCACCUCAUCGGCGGCAGCAGCUCCAUCCACCUCCUCCUCAUCAUCCUCAACCGGGGAUAAUAUCUGUGCCAAUGCCCGUCGCCGGGCCACCGAAUGCUGGGCAACCAAGCUGCAGAAUAAGCGUCCGCGUUACAAUGAUCCCGGUACUACGGGCACAAUUAACGCCGCUUCGUCCACAGCAUCAGCCGCCACAUCUUCGGUAGCCUCCCAGGCGGCACAUCUGCGUAAUCCUCUCAAGACGGCCCCAUUGGCCAAUGCUCGUAUGGCAGGCGCCAAGGUGACAACAUCCACACGCAACAGCAUAAUCGUGCAGCAGCCGCAACGUAUCCACAUGCAGCAGCAGCAACAACAGCAGCAGCAACAGGCCAGGUUUUCGCCCAGCGAGUUCGAUGUGGACGACUUGAUCGAGGAGGAGGAGAACAACGAAUUGGAUAUGCCCUUCUAAGCUAGCGCUGCCCGUGCCAAAAUAUUUCAACUAAAUCAAGGAUGAAACACUACAACACAACACAGGCCACACUCACACAAAUCCCCACGAGCUUCUUUCCGAAUUUGUUGGUUAUUCGUUCGAGUCAUUUUUCAUCACAUUUAUUUUUGUGUGCUUGCCGCAUUUAAACCAAACUCGAGGAAACCCGGACACCGAAGCAAAAAGCACCCACAAAAGCACUUGAAUCCAAAGCGAAUCACCAGUUCCAGAAAUCACCAACGACAACAACAAACAAACAAAACACCGCAGCAACAACAAAAUCAAGAGCCAAAUAUUUAACAUAUAAGAUUUACGUUUAAACUACUUUGUAAGUUAAGCGAGCACACCAGAGAUAGCGAAUAGAUGAUUUCGAUCCCGACGUAUCCCAGAAACCUCAAUAACAUCUAGAUGGUAAGCAGAGAGCUUACCACAAGGUAAACUUAAGUUUAGACUUAAGGAAAAUACUAAAUCUGUGGAUUGCCCGGGGGAGUCGUCGCCACCAAUCAUCGCAAUUGCAAUCAUUUGUGGAGAAUGUAAGAACAGCGCCAAAACAAAUACUGUAAAUCACACAUAUGCAGAACUAAUCACCUGGACAGGAAGAGGACGAUAGGAGCAAGGUGCCCGGGCGGAUCGGAUCUCGCAGCUUCCUAUCUUAAUAUCUGUUUUUUUUUUGGAAAGCUGAACUCCAAUUCAGUUCUGCCCAAGCAAGCAAACUACAAUUCUCAAGUAAAAACCCGUGGAGAGGAGGAGAAGGAUAGUUAUCAAUUAUCUGAAGAACAACUGAUUAAUUUCUUGUAUAUUCAUAGUAAUAUUUUUUUGUUUUCGCUCUAAGUCCUACAUAUUAAAUACUAUACAUAAGUGCUGCGUGUGGAGCCAAACAAACGAAACGAAAUGCGUUUGAAUACGAUUGUAAUAAUAUUAUUAUGCAUAUAUACAACACACACACACAAAUACCAAUAUCUGGUCACUUCUAACCAA